UCCCACAACACUCGAUCGAAUAUACUAACCAAACACAAAAAGCUCACUUUACUUUCCGAAUUCUCAAAAAAUGGCGAGAACCAAGCAAACUGCUCGCAAAUCAACCGGUGGAAAAGCACCAAGGAAGCAGUUGGCUACAAAGGCGGCGAGGAAAUCAGCUCCGGCGACCGGAGGAGUGAAGAAGCCACACAGAUUCAGGCCAGGAACUGUUGCACUAAGAGAGAUCCGUAAGUACCAAAAAAGUACCGAGCUUUUGAUCCGCAAGCUUCCAUUUCAGAGACUUGUGAGAGAAAUCGCUCAGGAUUUCAAGACGGAUUUGAGGUUCCAGAGCAGUGCUGUUGCUGCACUUCAAGAGGCGUCGGAGGCUUACUUGGUGGGUUUGUUUGAAGAUACUAAUUUGUGUGCGAUUCAUGCUAAGAGGGUUACAAUUAUGCCUAAGGAUAUGCAAUUGGCUAGGAGGAUUAGAGGGGAAAGGGCUUAGAUUUGGAUAAAAAAUUCGUUUCGGAUCUUUUUUGAUUGUAGAAAGUAAUGAGGGCUUGUGGGUUCGUGUUAUUGUGAUUUGCUUGUACUUGAUUCAAUGAAUAUUAUGAAGGCAUAUUUUCAAA